AUGAAUGGGUUGACUGCAGGGCCAAUGGCUUCGCUUCACGUUUAUGGAUACAAAUUCGGGACUCAAGUUUGGCACUGGUUGCAUCAGCCAUGCGUGUUGUGUCCUUGGGCACUUCUGUGUCGCUCUGCUGGCGUUCUGGCGCAGCCAGUGGUCGUCAUUUCGAUGGGUGACAUGCCACCCCGAUUCACAUUCCUUUUGCCUGGCCAGCAUCAUCAUGAAACAGACUCGGGCGAAACGGACCCGGCACGAUAUUAUUGCGCUUCGCAGAACAUUGGGACAAUGCGCGGCGUGCUUCACCAUUCAGCUGCCUUUUAUGGUGCAUGGUUGUCAUCGUCAUCCAAACAGUAUGACAGCAGGCGCAAAGAAGGGGAGUGCUGUGAGUCAUGCAGGUAG